UUUUUUUGGGUUAUUUCGCUAUAAAUGAGAGAGUGGGCGAGUUUCUAGAAAAUCAACAUGAGGAACGUGUCGACGUUCGAGAUGGUCUCGCGUGCCCUCCUCCUGCCGCGUGCCGCCAGCCUGCGUGCCCUAGCAACGCGGAGCGGCAGAAUUGGCCGGUCACUUGGAGGAUUUCAGUGGUGACGUGAGCGCCUAUAUCCACUGCCGCCGCCGCCGCCUCCCUUAGGCGAGCACAACGCUUUUACCGCAGAGAGGCAGGGGGCCCCCAUCGGCAGACCUGGAGAGACUUCCCGGCCGAAAGCUUUCACUUGCUAGACCGGCAUAGCUAUGGGAAUUGGACCGGCCGGCUGCCAAAACCAGGCGCUCAUUCCCUACUAUCUCAAGCCGGUUCAUUUCGUGACACUGACUUUUAAGAAUUGCCGAUGGAAGAAAUAUCACCAGUGAUCGAAUAACAAAUAUGAGGGUCAGCAAAUGAUGGUGUGCGCGGAGGGAAGAUGUUGGCGCAGCACUUGAGUCAACGCGCAGUGGCAUCCGCGGACGUCUAGAAAUGGGCUUCGUUUGCGCUUCUUGCCUUUUCUAAUUGCCGAAGAUGAUGGCCUGGCUUUCCUUGGGAGCGGCGCUCCUUUUUGUGUUCAUCUGUGACAUUUCAGCUCACAGCAGAAAAGCUUCUAGUGAAGCUUUAUUAUCUGUACCGAGUGGGAAGUAUCGUCACACUGAUGAGAACACAGGGGAGGAGCUGCUGUGUGACAAGUGCCCUGCUGGAACAUAUGUUUCCAAACAUUGUACAGUUGAAUAUCUAAGAGAAUGCAGCCCAUGCCCAAAUGGGACUUACACAAAACAUGAGAAUGGCAUCGAGCAGUGUCACCGCUGCAGAAGGCACUGUGUUAAACCUAUGACUGAAAAAUCCCCCUGCACGGCCUUGUAUGAUCGUGAGUGCACUUGUCCAGCUAACUACUUUUUGCAAAACAACAAUUGUAAGUUUCACUCGGUUUGUCCAAAGGGCUGGGGUGUCAGAAAAAAGGGCAACAGUUUGGAAGAUGUGAAAUGUAAACCGUGUCCUCGUGGGACUUUCUCUGAUGUGCCUUCUAGCGUGCUGCGCUGUAAGACCCACACAAACUGUUCAGCACAGGGGCUUGUAAUUGCUGUGCUUGGAACAAAAGAGUCGGACAAUAUAUGCUCACUCUCAUUUGCCCCAUCUUUCACCAUGGAGAUUUUCACAAGGUCAUCUUCAGCAGAGGAAAACACUGGGGGUUCUUCUACUUCUUUUUUACAAGACAGUAUUUUAGAUCUUUCGUCUGGGAUCCUGGCCAGCACAGCAGAGCCUACCAUAGUGAGUACAAUGAGAGAGUCAUCUAAUACAGCAAAUGAGGCAGCCUUUCGUAGUUCAACAAAUGGAUACCUUUUUACCACAGAAUACCAAGAAAUCACGAAAUCCCAAAGUAAAUACCCAGGUCUUCUUGAAGACCGGCAAAGGUCAUCAUCUGUGACUAACUUCAGGACCACAAGAAGGGGGUCACCAAAACCAAGUGCACACAAACACUUUGACAUUAAUGAGCAUCUCCCGUGGAUGAUAGUCCUGUUUUUGCUUCUGGUAUUAGUGGUGAUUGUGAUUUGCAGUGUUAAGAAGAGCUCAAGGGUUCUAAAGAAAGGACCAAAACAGGACCCAAGCAGUAUUGUGGAGAAGGCAAUUAAUAAAACCCCUCGUUCUCCAGUGCAAAACAAGGAAAAGUGGAUAUAUCAUGCUAAUGGUCAAUGUGUAGAUAUCCUCAGACUGGUGGCAAUGCAGAUUGGCAGCCAGUGGAUAGACCUAUAUAAAUCACUAAUCAAUGCAUCUGAGAGGGAAGUGUCAGCUUUCUCAAAUGGCUACACCUCUGAUCAAGACCGAGCAUAUGCAGCUCUACAGCACUGGACUAUUCGAGAUUCAGAUGCCAAUCUUGCAAAACUCAUAAGUUCUCUCCGACACCACAGACGUAAUGAUGUCGUGGAGAAGAUCAGAGGAGUGAUGGAGGAUGAUGCCCAGUUGGACAUGAAAGAACUGAUGACAUCCACAAAUAGUAAUCAGAGUCCAGCUCACAAACGUUUGGAGUUGCCUGUUCCAAUAUCAGAGCGUUCUCCAGUGGACAAAUCAAAAGGAUUUUUUGCUGAUGAAUCAGAACCUCUUCUACGCUGUGACUCUACUUCAAGUAACAACUCUGCCCUGAGCAGGACAGGUUCAUUUAUUACCAAAGAAAAGAAAGAUACCGUACUGCGUCAGGUGCGACUGGAUCAUUGUGACCUCCAGCCAAUCUUUGAUGAUAUGCUGCAUAUCCUAAACCCAGAAGAGCUUCAUGUAAUCGAGGAAAUCCCUCAGGCUGAAGAUAAGCUGGAUAAACUCUUUGAAAUUGCUGGAGUAAAGAGUCAAGAUGCAAGCCAAAAACUCAUAGACUCAGUGUACAGUCAUUUACCUGACUUGCUGUGAACCGGCUGCUACUUUGGCAAAGAUGGCCUCAUUAUGAAAGGAAAGGUGGACAUCACUGGCAGAAUUGCUUCCUUAAGCUUCAACAGGUUGGACAGACAGAAGUCAGGGCAGUGUCUUUUGUUCUAUUUUCUGAGAAACUGCCCUCAUUCAUGCCAUAACUGUAAAAUGAGGUACAUUUUGGAAGCUAAUCAAUUUAUUUCAUGUUUUAAAUUUAGAUACUGAAUCAUUUAAUGCUUUUUAUGCAAUAUCAUUUUAUAAUGCAUUUUAUAAUAUGUCAUUCUCCAAAACCUACCCUGAAUGCCUGCCUACAAGUAUGUUACUUACAGAUUUAUAUAUUGUUUUAUGUGCGUGAUAUUUUAAUUUGCAAAAUACAUUUUUAGGGAUUUAAAAAUAAUUUAUUGCGAACCUUAUUCAGUAUUCAUAAAUUAUUUUAUGAGAAGUUAUCUAGUUUGACUUGUCUGCAUUAAAAGAUUAUACUGUUAAAGCUACCAUGUAUGACUCAGACUAUAGUAACACGUUUGUGUUUAGCUAAAUGCAGGGCAUUAUUUGACAGGACUUAUGUCACUUCAGAAAGAUCUCCAUAAACGUUUCUCUCCGCAGUAGGAGGCCACGUGCAAUGAUUGCGUACCAGGGAGGCGAGGGUGUUAUGUGCUAGCCAUGACACUUACUGCACCGAUGAUGGACUUACUAGUGGUGGAAUCAUGAUACUGAGGACUGCUUUCUAUUUAUCCUUCUUGGAUUAAACAGCAUGACUAAAUGCAGAAAUUAAUUACAGAAUGGACUAUUCAAGAAACUGGAACGUCUGCCUUUAAGCUAAUAUCAAUUUGCUGAAACAAUAGUUGUUUGUUACUAAGAUGUUUGCACCUUAUAUACUGGUGGGUGUUUUAUUACUCAUCUCUUGUAACCAAUAUCGGAAGUAAUAAUCUCAUGUUACGAUGAUUAAAAUUGAAAUCUUUUUCAUAAAUAUCUGCCCAAAUACUAACGAUA